GUAUGUUAUAUGCGCUACCACUUUGGACUUUUCUUUUUCCAAACGAUUUUUUUUAACAACUUAGUUUUGAAUGAUAUAGACAUAGGAAAGAAUAGGAAACUUAAGAAAUAGAGUGGAAACGUUUGGUGGCAGCAGAUAGGGUAGAUGUUGUUUAGAGAAAAAGAGGAAGAUUGAAUACGAGAAUUGAUGAGAACCACAAAAUGAGAGCCAUGCUGGGAUCCUACAUGUGAAUGGCCGGAACGCCGAACUGGACUGCACAAAGUUUCAAGGCAGGUAAAAGCAGGUUACUUCAGAAUUGUAUAUUCAGAGAUGAAUUUAGUUGGCGUCAGAAUAUCAAGGGAAUUGACAAGAUUCAGUAAAGUUAAGAAAUUGUUCCUUGCAAAUGGAAUUAUUCACUCAAAUGGAGGUUUUAAUACCGUUAAACGUUCUAAAGUUACAGCCAGUGACCCAUUCAGAAUAGGAGUAACAUCCGAUAAGAAGGAUGAGGAAGAACCUAUUGGACCAUUUGGUUUUUUCUUGUUGGGUUUUCCAUUGGUCACUUUAGGCCUUGGAACAUGGCAAGUUUACAGACGUAAAUGGAAACUGGAAUUAAUAGAGAAUCUUAAGUCAAGGACCACUUCUACUCCCGUAGAAUUUCCAGAGGAUUACUAUGAGCUUGAAUCAAUGGAAUAUUAUCCAGUUAGAGUAAGAGGUGAAUUUUUACAUGAUAAGGAAUUUACUAUAGGACCUAAGAGUCUCAUUGUGGAUGGUGCAGGCGCAUCUGAAGGUAAAAACGCUCUAAUUACUCAAGGACAAGCUUAUACUGGAUACUAUGUUAUUACUCCUUUCAAGUUACAAGAUCGAGAUUUAACAAUACUUGUAAAUCGUGGAUGGGUAUCCCGCAAAAAGAAAAAUCCAGUAACAAGACCAGAAGGACAAAUAUCUGGUCCAGUAGAGAUUACAGGUAUCGUGAGGCUCAGUGAAACCAGGCCCCAAUUUAUCCCAGAAAAUAAACCAAAUGAUGGAAUAUGGUACUAUCGAGAUUUGGAUGCCAUGUCUGAAUUAACUGGUGCUGCUCCAAUCUAUCUGGAACAAAUAUAUGAUGAAAGUGUACCUGGUGGACCAAGAGGUGGACAGACUCGAAUAACAUUAAGAAAUGAGCACUUAAGUUAUAUGAUUACCUGGUACUCCUUGUCAGCUAUCACUUCAUGGAUGUGGUAUAGACAAUUUAUCCAGAAACUACCGCUACUUUAGUCUUAUGGUACAUAAGUCUACAGUAUUUUCACCAUUUCGUUUUCUUAUAUUUAAAUGAUGUAAACACACACAUCGAGAUACGUGAUAAUAAUCAGUAGGAUUUUCAAAAAAGUA